AUGCUCGAGACUUGGAGCGUGUGCAGGAGAUCUGACUUUCAUUUUCGCGAGCUUGGUCAAUGCGGGUCUGCCCCGGCAGGAAUAUCCACAUCCAUGGUGCGAUCAGUCUGCAUCGUGGGAGGGACGCACGGGAACGAGCGGCAUGGCGUUCACAUGGUUCGCCACUACCAAGAACACUCGCGCCUAAUUGAGAGGAAGACCUUCACGACUUCUCUGCUCAUCGCCAACCCCAUGGCGGUGGCGAACAAAGGGACUGGCGCAGGAACCCGAUACGUGGACGAGGACUUGAAUCGAUGCUUCCUGAAGCAGACCUUGGCUUCAGCUGAGAGUGCGACAAGUGUGGAGGGAGCGAGAGCAAGAGAGAUCAAUCAGAUUCUGGGGCCCAAAGCAUCUCCCGAACCAGCUUGUGACUUCAUCUUCGAUCUUCACAACACCACGUCCAACACCGGGAUACUGCUCUGUUAUCAUCCCACCGACAAACUCUCUUACCUCAUGUCUGAGUACUUGUUCUCCAAGAAUCCCCACAUCCGCGUUUGUCUAUGGCCGGAGGGAGACAGGCAGGUCGUUGUGGUUCCUCUCUCGUGCGCUCAUCUCCAGCAGAGCUCUUCUACCGACCGUGGCCAGAAGUGGCAUGACAGUGGAGGUAGCGCCGUGUCGCAUAGUACUGUGCAUGCUAAGAAGCUCAUGGAGACCAUGGAGGUGAAGAGAGGAUCUUGUGUGCCAGUGCUGAGCAAGCGGCAGCUGAUUCAACAUGGUCUUGACUUCAUCGACAUGUUCAACAUGCGGAUGGAGGAGCUAGGAGCCUCGGCCGACUUCUCCGUCACAGAUGUGAACAUCUCCGAGCUGGGCAAGGUCCCCAUCUUCACUGGGGCAGGCAAGAUAGACUACCCGAGAGACAGCGACGGAAACAUCAUCGGAUUCAUCCAUCCCAACCUGCAAGGCAUAGCAGAGCUACAGGAGGGCAGCACGAUACAAGAAGGAGACGAUCUCUUCCAGGCAAAGCACUUCAUUUCAGCCCCCUGCUCCUCCUUAUCCCCUGCUUGUCAGAUGCUCGAUGGCUCCGUCCGGCCCUUCGUCAUGGAGGUCGCCCUGAAGGAGGCGGUCGGGAACGCGGCGCUCUACCCGCUCUUCGUCAACGAGGCCGCCUACUACGAGCAAGGCAGCUGCUGCUUGCCCUCGCUCAAGCAUGAUACUUUCACGCAGGGACUGCAAUGA